AAUAAUUUUCUUUUUCUAAAAUAAAAAAUUUGAAAAGUGCGUUUCACAAUCAGGAACUAUUUCUGUUUGCAUACGUGUGCUUUCUCAAGAAGUAACGGACUUAACUGUAAACCACCCGUCUCCGCCUUCCCGCCCAAAACCUACUGUUUAAAGUGUCAAGGGACCUCCUCUGUUUCGCUAUCUUUUAUCUCCACCUUAAUCACAAGUCGAUUGAUUCUGUCUUUCAGCUUCAAAGCUUUAUUCUUCCGACAAUGGCAGAAUCACCCAGUUAUGACGGUCCUUCUUCUGAGCCUGUUUCUUUAAGAGAGAGCUUGAACUCUGAUUAUAUGAGAAGAGGAUCCAUAGCCUUAAAAAACAAUGAUUUUGCAGAAGCGGGCAAGUGGUUCAAGCUAGCUGUUGCCAUCUGGAUUCCACAGAAAGGAAAACUUGCCCCAGAACGUGCUGAAGCAUACUUCAAAUAUGCUCUGGCUCUGCUGUAUGAAGUCCCAGUGCCCGCAGAUGAUCCACUUGAUGAUUUGCCCAAAGAGAUUGAUUACCUCAAUUUGUUUGAUAAAGACGGAAUCACCAGUGCUGUCAAACAAGAUGAUGCUGAUUUUGCAGGAUCGCAUUUGGCACAUGAAGAAGGCAGUGGGCUGGGAGUUGGUUCAUCAAAAAACUUGGAUUCUGCCUGGUGUGUGCUAAAUCUUGCACUGUCAAUUUCAAAUGUUAUAUCAAUGGAGAAGGCAAGCAUCUUCUCUGCUAUUGGGGAAGUUGCAUUCAGAAAAGUGGACUUCAAUGAAUCAUAUAAGCACUAUUCAGAAGCACUGACAAUUUUGGAGAUUUUCUAUCCAGAAGAGGAAGACCGCAUGGCUCAUCUAAGCUUCAAAAUAUGCAUGUGCCUGGAAAGAAUUGAUAAGAUUGGGGAAGCUAUCACAUAUUGCACAGAAGCUAUACGGGACAGUGCACGUCGGCUGGAGAAGCUGGAUGCAAAAUUAAGUACGUUUUCAGGAUGGGGAUGGUCAUUGGAUGAUAUUGCUGCAUCGUGUAAUGGACCUGUUGAUCCUGCUUAUUUGGAGUUGCAAGCUGAGAAGAAAAGAGUCCAUGAACUCCAAGGGAAGUUUGAAAAUAAGCUCCUGCAUUUGGAACGUAUUCAAAGAGUUGCUGCUAAGAAAACAAGCUGACAAGAAUCCAUUGGCGACUACUUCAGUUCUUCUCUAACUGCCGAGGCACACACAGAUGGGAAAAGUCAUGGUAAGGCUGUAGUAGGAGCCAAGUGGCAACUAAUAACGUACCUAGAGGAUCCUCCAACUAAGAAGCUCUUGCUGGGCUCAUCAAUGAACCCAGAGGAUGAAGCAAGCAUUCCAGCAAAGAAACCCUCAUUGGGCUCUUCAACUGGUUCAGGGAGCCAAAAUACAAUUUCAUUGUUUGGAAGCUGCUUGAUUUUCCAUUUCUGCGGCAGUUUUAGAUUCUUAUUCCGCAUCUUUGUCUUCUCGUUCUUUCUUUCUCCAGUCAUAUAAUGCCGGAUUAAGAUUUGAAUCUAAGUCCCUGUAAUUGUUUCCAUUGGCUGUCUAACAAAGACCAUGAAAUUUGUACA